CAGUCAAACGAGUUUCAGGCGCAGGCAUACGAAACGGGUGUUUGGCAUCCAUAGCGUAAGAGCGUCGUAUGGUCGAAAGUAUUACAUAUCGUGAGUCCGUGAGUUAAACCUUCACAGUACUAUCAGUACGAUUUAAUUAAAAUUGCGAAGGUAAAUAAUGUGGGCAAGACACAUCAACAGUAUUGUACAAAAUGCUGGAAAAACAGGAAGUAGAACAGCUGCUACUCUAGUUCAAGGAGAACCAAAACAGCCCAGCAUUAAAACAGACAUACCAGGACCGAAUUCAAAGAAACUACUGGAAGAAUUAAAUUCGAUAAAUCAAAGUGGUUCAGUCCAAUUAUUCGCUGACUAUGACAAAUCAAUCGGAAACUACCUUAUUGAUGUGGAUGGGAAUGAGUUUUUGGAUGCAUUUACACAAAUAUCCUCCGUUCCUUUAGGAUACAACCAUCCAGAAAUGUUGAAAGUAUUCACUGAUGAAAGUAAAUUGAAAGCUCUCGUGAACAGACCAGCUCUGGGAGUGUUUCCAGGCAAUUAUUGGCCCAGCAAGCUAAAAAGUGUCCUUUUAGCAGCAUCUCCAGGUCUUCCAAAUGUCACCACCAUGAUGUGUGGCUCGUGUUCAAAUGAAAACGCUUACAAAUCCUUAUUUAUCACUUACAGAAAACAUCAGAGAGGAGAGAAUGUUAAUUUUAGUGAACUAGAAAACACUUCUUGCAUGAUAAACCAGCCCCCUGGUGCCCCGCAAUUAUCUAUUUUGUCUUUCCAUGGUGCCUUUCAUGGAAGGACAAUGGGCACCUUGGCAACUACACAUUCCAAAGCUAUUCAUAAGUUGGAUAUUCCGUCACUGGAUUGGCCCAUAGCACACUUUCCAAAGUACAAAUAUCCUCUGGAAGAGAAUAUACGAGAAAAUAAAGCUGAAGAUGAUAAAUGUUUAGCCGAAGUCGAAGAUCUCAUUGAAAAAUAUAACAAGAAAGGUGUUCCAGUUGCUGGAAUUGUCAUAGAACCGAUUCAAUCAGAAGGAGGGGACAAUGAAGCUUCCCCUGAAUUUUUCCAGAGAUUACAAAAGAUAGCCAAGAAACAUGGGGCAGGAUUUUUGAUUGACGAAGUACAAACUGGGGCUGGUACCACAGGAAAAAUGUGGUGUCACGAACAUUUUAAUUUGGAAUCACCACCAGAUAUCGUCAGUUUCAGUAAAAAAAUGUUGAUAGGCGGAUUCUAUCAUAGCCUUGAUCAAAGACCUCAGCAACCUUAUAGAAUUUUUAAUACUUGGUUAGGAGACCCUGGCAAAAUAUUUCUGCUAGAAGCCGUUUUAAAAGUUGUUAAAGAACAAAAUCUCUUAAACCAGGUUAUUAAAACCGGUGCAAAGCUAAAAUCUGGUAUCUUAGCUUUGGAAAAGGAAUAUUCAAAUUUGCUGAACUCGACUAGGGGAAGGGGAUCCUUUUUGGCAGUAAAUGCAACCACAUCUGCUCUAAGAGACGACAUUAUUGGCAGGCUUAAGAAAAAAGGUGUAAUUGUUGGAAGUUGCGGAGACCACUCCAUACGACUAAGGCCGGCUUUAACGUUCCAAGAGCAUCAUGCCGAUAUACUUCUGGAUCGAUUCAGGGAAGUCGUUAGAGAAACUAAAUGAAGUUCACAAUAAAGGUGUUUUUAUAAACAAAUAUUAUAUUUUAUUAGAUAAUAUAUACAGGUGUUCCGUGUAUACAAUUCUAUGUAUAUACAAUAAUCAUUUUGAUUGUAAUCUCUACGUUUAGGAUGAAAGAUCCGUGUUCACUGGACAAUAAAAGGAGAAAGAUAAUAAAAACCAUCA